AUGUCAGACCCAACAGGUCCUCAUUCUCGUUCCCCUUCUUCUGGUCCACCACCCGCACGUCAGCAACAACGUUCCCAGUCUCGUCGACGAGGGAGGAGCCAAACCGCCCGUAGCCUCAGUGCGUCAGGCGAUGACUCGGAUGCUAGCAGCGCCAGUAGCUUGGCGCGUCGACGUCGACGAGGAGGUGGCAGGAAAGGCGGUGGUCUUCCUGGUGUUGAAGAAAUAGAGGACACCGGUAAUCAGGUCGCAAACACCGCUAAGAAUGCUGUUGGUCAGGUAGGCCAGGUCGCAGGUGGCGGAAAGAAGCAAGACGAUGACGAAGGCAGUGGAGGUGACAAGCCUCUGAAGCUUAGACUGGAUCUGAAUUUGGAUGUUGCGGUUGAAUUGAAGGCUCGGGUACACGGUGACCUGACGCUCUCUCUUCUUCCGUAUUAUGAGCCAACUAUUCUGAGGAUCUUCAUCAUCAUGUUGCAAGCUUGA